AGUUACUCAGGGCCUCAAAGUUUUGGCAUACUCCGCAUCUGCAGCCGGCUGACAGAGAUCUCCUUGCGUGAUGGAUUUGGCCUUUGCUGUGGGCAAUGCUGGACAGUCGACGGAUCUGGGCCUUGCCCAGAAAUCCUUGACUGGUGGCUAUGGGCGUCAACGCAACUUGCGUUUGAAGGUACCCAGUCGAUCCCUUCCAGGAACUGCCCCCAGCAGCUCGAAAUCCUCCCCGUCUGGGAAAGGUAAGACCUUGGUCGGUCUUGCUGUUGCAGCUGUGGCUGUUGCCAAAGGCCUUCGGCGUCGCAUCCGGCGCCGGCAAGCCACUGCCAGCCCACAGGUGAGCACCAAGCUCAGCCCUGAUGCUUUGGGCUGGAACGUGGAGGGUAACGAUGUCCUCAAAGAAAGGCUUGAGUUGGCUUUGGAACGCGGUGGCUUAAGCGGCGCUGCCCUGAAGCAGCGCAAGCAAUGGCCGACGAAAGGAGAGGUGCUUGGAGCCAUCCCCAAAGAUUGCCUCAAGAAGGAGACCUUUCGUUCUUUGGCUCAUGCCGCCACUUCGACCCUCCAGGUGCUCCUUUGUGGAUAUUUGGCGUGGAAGUACAUCCCGAUGACUGCCGCGGCAAUUCCCCUUUGGAUCAUCUACGCCGUGGUUCAGGGCACCAUGGCGACUGGGCCUUGGGUCAUUGGCCAUGAGUGCGGCCACAGUGCCUUCUGUGAACAGAAGUGGCUGCAGACCACCGUGGGCUAUAUCCUCCACAGCGCACUGAUGGUCCCAUACUUCUCCUGGCAACGGUCUCAUGCCGUACACCACUCGAAGACCAACCACAUGACCGAGGGAGAGACACACGUCCCCAGGUUGCAAAAGGGAAACAAGAACAAGUACAACAAGUUGGCCAAUUUGUUGCCCAUGGGCCAGAAUUUCGUGGCCUGCAUCCGCUUGGUCACACACUUGGUCCUGGGUUGGCCUGCGUACAUUAUCGCAGGGGCCACUGGUGGGCCGGCCUACGGCAACACCAAUCACAUGUGGCCUUUUACACCCUUUGAUAAUGGCAAGAAGCAGCUCUUUCCGGGCGUGUGGAAGAAGAAGGUGUUGCUUUCCGACUUCGGCAUCGUUGCGAUGGCUGGACUCGUGUUCUGGUGGGCCAAGCAAACGAGUUGGACCAGUGUGUUCGCUCUCUACCUGGCACCCUUGAUGGUGACCAACUGCUGGUUGGUGCUGUACACCUGGUUGCAGCACACUGACGUGGACAUCCCCCAUUUUGACAAGGACAACUGGACCUGGGUGAAGGGUGCCUUCCACACAGUGGACCGGCCCUACGGCCCUGUGCUGGACUACUUUCACCACAGGAUAGGUUCUACGCACGUGGCACAUCAUGUGUGCGCCUCCAUUCCUUUCUACAAGGCGAAGAAGGCCACUGAGGCUUUGAAGGAGAAAUUCCCAGAUCUCUACCUCUAUGACCCGACGCCCAUCCACAAGGCCUUGUGGCGAGUCUCGUCCCGCUGCACUGCCGUGCAGAAGGCUGAGGGCAGUGAUGAUGGCAUGUACAUUUUCACCUGAUGCCACCAAGACAGAUGGAAAUCCUUGUGGUUGCCAUCCACUCGUUUCCUCCAGAGGUCCGGAUUUGCAAGUUCUUCGCUCUUGAAGGGAGGUGGGAAGCGCACCCGUUCAGCUGCGAUUCCGGCCCCGUUUUUCCGGCACAACGGUGCUGUAACAAAGCUUUUUCGAAGAUGUCGUAGGCACCAAGGUGCACCGACUGAAUCGAAAAUUGUUCAAUUCAUCUGAAACCAGAGUUUUUCGAUGCCAAUUUGUGCUUUUGAGGCGGUAGUCUCCGGCGCUACGGAUUUCUGUUCAAUCCACUCAUCUAUGAGAUUGGACUCUCCAC